AUGAUGAACAGAGUUUCAAGCUUAUUGUCGAAUAAAAGUAUUGUUGGUUUAGCAUCGAGAUACUCGAGUGGUAUCGUCAGACCAACAACAUGCAACUAUAAUAUCGCCUCCUCUUCGAUUGUAUCAUCCUCUUUAUCUUCUUCUUCUUCUACCACCAGACUCAAUGUAAAUACAUCCAUUUCAAUCCCAUCACGUAAUUUGUGGGUUAUUGGUAAAGAUGCUCAACCAAAGGAUUUCGUUGAUCCAAAUGCACCAACUACAUAUAAACCAAGACAAAUAUAUUGCGACAGUCGUGUUGUCGUUGGUAAAGCAGGUUCAAAGAAAUUGAGAUAUAAUGGAUUUGUACCAGCCACCAUCACAGGUGGAGGUUUACCAACUCAAAAUAUUGCUAUUGAAUGGGGUAGACUCUAUGGUUUAAUCAAGACUGAUAGCUUUUACAGAAAUAGAAAAUUCAUUUUGAAUAUUGAUGGUAAAGAACAGAUUGUUGUAGUUUUGGCAUUUGCCAAGUUACAUGCACUCUCUGAAAGAGCAUUAUUCUUAAAGUUUGUUAGAACCAGCGACAAGGCUGAAGGUUUGACUGAACAAGUUCUCCCGUUCAUUACUUUUAUGGAUAAAAUCAACAAGGUAAAGGAGGAAAAGAGAGAAGCCAAGAAAAAUUUCCAAGAGUUGAUGAAGAUUGAUUUAACCUUUAAACCUGCAAUCAAAAAGACUGCCUAA